CAGUAAAUGCAUCCAAUGCGCGUCAGUAAAAUAAUUGACGUUGCCAGAUCACAAGUUAGCCGACCAAUUGAAUUGAGGAAUGGGUGGAGAGAUGUGACAGAAUAUCGUCCGGCAUCUUUACUCAGUCCGUCCAGUUCGAUCGGCAACGGGAGCGGAGAAAGGAAAGCGGAGAGCCCGAAGGCAGCAGCCCCCACCACCGCCGGCCCAGGUUACCAUCUAGCACCGGGAAAACACACUAGAGAGCCACCGCCGGCUUUACCAACAAGAAAACAACAUGAGCAGCGAGGCCGAAACACAGCAGCCGCCGCAGCCUGCCGCCGACGUGGAGAGCCCGUCCAGCCCGGCAGCCGCAGCUACGCGGGGGAUAAGAAGGUCAUCGCAACAAAAGUCCUGGGGACAGUUAAAUGGUUCAAUGUAAGGAAUGGCUACGGUUUCAUCAACAGGAAUGACACAAAGGAAGAUGUCUUUGUUCACCAGACUGCCAUUAAGAAGAACAACCCAAGGAAAUAUCUUCGUAGCGUUGGAGAUGGAGAGACUGUGGAGUUUGACGUCGUAGAAGGGGAGAAGGGUGCCGAGGCAGCCAAUGUUACCGGCCCAGGUGGCGUCCCUGUGCAAGGUAGCAAGUAUGCAGCUGACAGGAACCGAUACAGGCGGUACCCACGCAGGAGGGCCCCCCCUCGCGACUACCAGGAAAACUAUCAGAGUGACGGCGAGGGAGAGGUACGGGAGAAGAGAGAAGGGGGAGAAAAUCCCCCCGAGGGUGAGAUGCAGCAACAGCAGCGUAGACCCACCUACCCCGGCAGACGGCGCUACCCACCAUACUUUGUGCGGAGACGUUAUGGCAGACGCCCUCCCUACUCCAACACACCCCAGAGAGGGGACAUGACAGAGGGUGGGGAAGUUGAUGAGAGCCAAGGUGGUCCAGACCAAGGCAACAAACCAAUGAGGCAGAACUACUACAGAGGCUUCCGACCAAGGUUCAGACCAAGGGGUCCCCCACGUCCCCGGCCAGUGCGGGAAGGGGAGGAGGAUAAGGAGAACCAGAGCGAGAGUGGCCAGAACCAGGAACCCCGUCAGCGCCGCUACCGCCGCAACUUCAACUACCGCCGCAGACGGCCCCAGACAACCAAGCCUCAGGACGGCAAGGACAGCAAGGCAGCCGAUGCAUCAGCCGACAAAUCAGCCGCUCCCGAAGCCGAACAGGGCGGAGCAGAUUAACCGGCUUGAACAUCUAGACCAUCCGGCCGGUUUUGUCAAGAAGAAACAUCCAAGAUCUGAGCAAUAAGAAACGGAUAUGAUCGUCUAAGCUUGCAAAAAUGCAUUUCGACCAGAUUACCACCGAUUGCCUGCAGACUCUAUGCAGACCUGUUUUCUUUUCCAUUAUUUUUAUGUGACAGCUAAAAAGUUUUGGGGAAACAGCAGAUGUUUUUCUAAAUCGGUCUUAAGUUUUUACACCAAAUGGUUUUUAAAAGUAAUUUGAUAUCUGGUCAGUUUGACAUUUUUAAAUAACUUUUUAUGUAUCCAAACAUGAAUUUUAACAAAGGCAAGCUGAAAUAAAACCAGAAACAGUU